AAUGAGGAAAGGAAUUAGUGGGUCCGGACCCUGAAAUUUGGAAGCCAAAGUUAACGAUAUACCAAGUAGUUUCAUUCAGAUAAGAGAGUAUUUGGACAGUCCAAGCAAAUUUAUGAAAAUUAGAGAUACUUUCUUGAAGAAAUAUAAACAUAAGCGUAAAUUUAAAGGCAAGAAGAUAAUUGGAAGUAUUGUAAGAUAUAAAUAAGCCGAAGUUUAUGAAGCCUAAACUAACUUCUAAGAAGAACAUGCCUAAAAUAAUCAAUAAUUUAAAAUAAAUCUUUGUCAAUCAAAGGCCAGAAAAGCAUCAUUACUCCGAAGAAUAAGUCAUUUGUAUGGAGUAGAAAUGGCAAUAUAAUGAGCUUGACAAAGCACGACCCAAGUAUCAGAUAUAGCUCUCAAGUUCCAUCUCAAGAGCCAUUCUCAAGCCCAACUUCUCCAGUUCGUGACCCUGCUCAAUUCCUAUAUGAGCCCACUAAGACUUUUGAAGAGAGCUGAAAAUAAGAUUCCUAUUGGUGAAAAUCCCAAAAGGAUGGUUAUAAAAUAACGAAAUAUCCUCUUUAUCACAAGAAAGUGAAGUAGACAUUUUGUCUACAGGUCAAUUUUGUGAGAAACUUCACGAGAACAAUACUACCUUCAAGCUGGCCACGAGUAACUUUAAAGAGCCUUACUUUUGCAGGCCACAGACGACUUCAAAAUUGAAGAAACUUUAUUCACGGAAGUCAAACAGGUCGGACUUGGUGACCAGCUCUUCUAAGUUCUUCAUCGGGCCUGGAUCUGUGGAGCAUUGUCAGGUUAAGAAGAUGCUCUUUCCAGCUACUAAUGUAAUUAACAGAGCUACCGCUAGGAAAUGCUCGAUGAGGCAGACUAGAUUUGGCCCAACAGGGGCGGCCAGAGUUCGUUCGAUAUGCCCAUCUUCCCGACCAAAAAAAUAUCUGCAUAACACAAAUGUGAAACUAAUAUUUGAGAAAAAGCAGAGGCAAAAGAAAUUUGGCACUCUUGAAAGAAAAGUUAACAAAAUCUUAGUUAAGAAAUCUAACUCAAAAUCUCCAAAGAGAUCUGUAUCGGUAGAUUACCCUGAGAAUGAGCCAAAAGCUAGUGAGAGGGUUGAAGAAAUCGACUCGGAUACAAUAAAUAGCCCUACUGAACUGACACGAAUUCAGAUUUCAGCAGUCACAAAGCAAAAAUCCAGAACGCGCUGUCGUAUAAAAAUGAGCACAUCAAAGAUUUUCAGCGAGGUGAGCUACUCCAGCAAGAACGACUACCUAAAAGAUUCGCACUCCUUCAAACGUAACUCAGACAUCGAAAUCCAGCAGAUCCAGACGACUGCUGAAAUGCCUAUGCCUGCUAGCCCUCCUUUGUCUCAGAAUGCAAUAGUUAUGCUGAAUGCUGAUCUCCAAGACACGAAAAGACUUUAUGCUCACAAAAAAUUUGUUCAGCAGGCAAGCCUCAAGCCUUUAUUAAAAUCCCUGCACAAAAAUUCACAUAUUCCAGCUAAGUCUCAGAACAAAUCUUAAACAAUUCAACUCAAAA